AUGUUUGGUAAAUCAAUCAAAGCAGGUACUAAAUUAGUACUUUCCAGAAAUAUCUCAUGUACUUCCCGAUGGAAAUGUUCUGCCACACAAACUAACAAUAAAAAGACAGCAUUAUUCGAUUUACAUAAGGAUUUGGGUGCAAAGAUGGUACCAUUCUGUGGUUGGGAUAUGCCUUUGAUGUAUCCAACCGGUGUCUUGAAAGAACACUUCCAAUGUAGAAAUAAUAGUGCUUUGUUCGAUGUUUCUCAUAUGGGUCAAUUGAGAAUUCAUGGAAAGGAUCGUGUAGAGUUCUUUGAAUCGAUUGUUGUCGCCGAUAUCCAGGCGUUGCCAGUCGGUCAUUCUAAGCUCUCUGUUUUCACCACCGAGCAAGGUGGUAUCAUCGAUGACACUAUGAUUACCAACGCCGGUGAGAACCUCUACGUCGUCGUCAAUGCCGGUUGCGCCGACAAGGACAUCGCUCACAUCAAGCAAAAGAUGGCAGAGUUCAAGGCCACCGGCAAAGACGUCUCACUCGAACUCAUGGAGGAUCAAGCAUUGAUUGCCGUCCAAGGUCCAUCCACCGAAUCGAUCGUUUCCAAACUCGCCAAACUCGAUCUCUCAAACAUGGAAUUCAUGACUCAAAGACAUGCUAAAAUUGAUAAUAUCGAUGUGAUCAUUACAAGAUGUGGAUAUACAGGUGAAGAUGGAUUUGAAAUUUCAGUAUCAAACUCGAAUGCUGUUAGAUUGGCAAAGAUUUUAUUGGAUACCGGUGUUGAGGGUGUGAAGUGUGCUGGUUUGGGUGCACGUGAUUCAUUGAGAUUGGAAGCAGGUUUGUGUUUGUAUGGUCACGAUUUAAAUGAGGAGAUCACCCCGAUCGAAGCAACAUUGGGUUGGCUCAUUAGCAAGCGUAGAAAGGAAGCCGGUGGAUUCCCAGGUGCCGCCGUCAUUCAGAAGCAGCUGAAGGAAGGUGUCAGCAAGAAGCGUGUAGGUCUCAUCGUAGAAGGUCCACCAGCACGUGAAAACACUGUUUUGGUCGACGAGGCCGGUAAGCAAAUCGGUCAUGUCACCUCUGGUACAUUGAGUCCAAUGACCAAACAAUCGAUCUCAAUGUGUUAUCUCAACACUGAACACUCAAAGAACGGUACCAAGGUAUUCGCUUCGAUUCGUGGACGUCAAAUUCCAGCGGUCGUCUCUAAAAUGCCAUUCGUUCCAACCAACUACAAAAAGAUUACACCAACUGCCUAA